UUUCACGAAGGUUGCAAAACAAUUGCGUCAGUAACGUGCGCACUUGUUUCCAGAAAGGUGAACGACGAACCUUGCCGUUUCGACUGCUUGAAAGAAACACACUUUGAUCAUGUUGGUGGCGAGGCUGACAUGCCUGAGGAGUGUCCCGCUCGCCGGCCUCCGGCCUGUGCUGACACAAGGCUCUCCAGCCCUAAGAGCACCCAUCCUGAGGACCUGCCCUCCUCUGCUCAGGCCCCAGCAGGGCUUCUCCUCCAAGGCCAGAUUUGGUUUCCGCCGUGUGAAGACAGCCAGAGACCAGUUUAAAGAUGCUGCUUUUGAACCAACAGAUACAGCCAUCAAAAUUGACAGCAUGGGAAGAAUGAUUUUAGCUGGUGGUGCAGCAGUUGGUCUUGGAGCUCUGUGCUACUACGGGCUCGGCAUGUCCAAUGAAAUCGGUGCCAUUGAGAAAGCAGUGAUCUGGCCUCAGUAUGUGAAGGACAGGAUCCACUCCACCUACAUGUACUUUGCAGGCAGUGUUGGACUCACAGCUCUUUCAGCUGUAGCAGUCAGCAGGACUCCAGCACUUAUGGGUCUGAUGAUGAGAGGAUCCUGGCUGGCUAUAGGAGCAACAUUUGCAGCCAUGAUUGGUGCUGGCAUGCUGGUCAGGUCCAUUUCAUAUGAGCACAGCCCAAUGCCCAAACACCUUGCCUGGAUGCUUCAUGCAGGUGUGAUGGGUGCCGUCAUCGCUCCCCUCACUCUCCUCGGAGGGCCUCUGAUGAUCAGGGCAGCCUGGUACACAGCAGGCAUUGUGGGCGGUCUGUCCACUGUGGCCAUGUGCGCCCCAAGUGAGAAGUUCCUCAAUAUGGGUGGGCCACUGGCUGUCGGCUUUGGAGUGGUUUUCGCUUCUUCUCUUGGAUCAAUGUUCCUGCCGCCCACCUCAGCGUUCGGAGCAGGCCUGUACUCUGUGGCCGUCUAUGGAGGCCUGGUCCUGUUCAGCAUGUUCCUCCUUUAUGACACACAGAAGGUCAUCAAGAGGGCAGAGACACACCCACUCUAUGGAGUUCAGAAAUAUGACCCCAUCAAUGCGUGUAUGGGGAUUUACAUGGACACUCUGAACAUCUUCAUGAGACUGGUGAUGAUUCUGGCAAACGGUGGUGGCGGCAGAAGGAAGUAAACAGCAUCUUUGUGUCUUCAGCUCCUUCCACAGAAAUAAAAAAAUCAGAAUUUACUUCCAGCAGCUUAUGCCAGGUGUGAUCUAUUAGUGGCAAGUCUUAUUUAACUGGUAAAUAAACAUGACUGCUUAGUAAUUGUGUAAGGAAGAAGCCUGCACAGACAAAUUAAGAGCUUUACCUUGAUGGUGGAAGUGUUUGAUCCUGAGGGUUACAGAUGGUUUAAAACAUGUCUCUCUGCAUAAUAUGUUUCCUUUGUUUUGUAUUUAUUUCCACUUGUUGAUGUCUGUUUCUAAUGAGAUUGGAAGAGUCAGUAUUUAUCCUUAUGCAGCAGAAUUGUUAUGUGUCAACCAUAGACAGGUUCAGACUUCAUAUGAUAAAUAAUAUUGACAUAAGCACUUUCUCCAUGAUACACUGAUGUACAUCUGUGAUGGAAGUUGGGACUAGUUCAUAUAUAUUUUUGAGAAAAUAAACAAUAAUUUCAGCAAUGGAAUCACUCAAUAAACAAGCAAAAGGCAA